GGCCGCGUAAACUUCAUAUCCUUUGAGCUUUGAGUUUCAUUUGUGGGGAGUGAGAACCUAAACCCUUAGCUAUGGCUCCCAAAACUCCCAGGGUUAGCAGGAACCCAGAUCUUGUGAGGGGAAUCGCAAAGUAUUCUAGGUCUAAAAUGUACCACAAGAGGGGAUUGUGGGCAAUCAAGGCGAAACACGGCGGAGUUUUCCCGAAACAUGACCCUAAACCCAAGCCCGCUGCUCCCGCCGAGAAGCCGGUGAAAUUCUAUCCGGCCGAUGAUGUUAAGAAGCCUCUGCUUAACAAGCGCAAGCCCAAACCCACGAAGCUCAGGGCUAGCAUUACCCCAGGUACGGUGUUAAUCAUUCUUGCUGGAAGGUUCAAAGGCAAGAGGGUCGUGUUCUUGAAGCAGCUUUCUUCUGGAUUGCUUUUGGUCACUGGACCAUUUAAGAUUAAUGGAGUCCCUCUAAGGAGAGUUAACCAAUCUUAUGUCAUUGCAACUUCUACCAAGGUUGAUAUUGCUGGAGUUAAUGUUGACAAGUUUGAUGACAAAUACUUCGCCAAGCAAGCGGAGAAGAAGAAAAAGAAGGGGGAGGGCGAGUUCUUUGAAUCUGAGAAAGAGGAGCAAAAUGUGCUUCCACAGGAGAAGAAAGAUGAUCAAAAGACUGUUGAUGCAGCAUUGAUUAAAUCAAUUGAGGGUGUUCCAGACUUGAAGGCUUAUUUAGCUGCUAGAUUCUCUCUCAAGGCAGGAAUGAAGCCCCAUGAACUUGUCUUUUAGAUGAAAAAAUUUUAGGAGGAUUUGCAUGACUUCUUAUUGGAUUUUGUUUGAAUUUAUUUUUAGCGGUUGUACUGUUCUGUCUUUGGCAAUAGACAGCUAUAUGAACAUCGUAUAUUGUGAGAAUUUUGCAGAAAUUUUUCCUUUUCCCAAUUUCUAUUUGUGGCAUGACAUUUUACAUACUCUAA